GUAUAGAUCGAGGAGCGUGGAGCACACGCGCUAUAGAAGGAUCGAGUGGUGGAAUAAAGAGUUUGCAAUUACUGUUAACACAAGCGAGUUAAAAACAGUUCACAACCGACUGAGAUCGGAGAUCGAAACCGGUACCUGAGAGCGAGAAUUCUCGUCUUCUUCCUUCUCUUACCCUAACCUUUAUUCUCAGUCUCUCUCUUCCACUCUCCUUAACCUCCAUCUUGUCUUAUUCAUUGCUUCUUCUCUCCGCCACCUAGAGAUCUCACCAGAGUCGGAUCCUAAUCAAGAUCUCAACCUCUACCUCUCUCAAGAUCCAUCUCCGAGCUCCAAACCUUCUAACUCUGAUCCGUAAAGAAAAAACUCCAUAGAUGCAACGAUGGGAGCUGAGAAGAAAUGGCUGUUCACACUCUUCUUCGUAGCCUUCCUAUCCGUCUUCCUCCUCUUACUCUACUCUUUCUCCGCUUUCACCUCUAACCCUUUCCCUUCCCCUAUCCGCCACGGUCCUCACUACCCGCCUGCUUUCGCUUAUUACAUAACCGGUGGUCGUGGAGACGGUGACCGGAUCAUUCGGUUACUCCUUGCUGUUUAUCACCCUAGGAACCGGUACCUUCUCCAUCUGGGAGCUGAAGCUACUGACGCCGAGAGGGUAGCUCUUCUCUCCGACUUGAAAUCUGUGCCUGCUGUGAGUGCCUUUGGGAACGUUGAUGUGUUGGGGAAGGUUCAUCGUCUCUCUGAGAAUGGCGCGUCUAAGGUUGCUGAUACUCUUCACGCCGUGUCGAUCUUGCUGAAGCUUGGUCGCUCUUGGAAUUGGUUUAUUGAGCUGAGUGCCUUGGAUUAUCCCCUGAUGACUCAAGACGACCUGUCUCAUGUGUUUGCCUCGGUGAAUAGAAGCGUCAACUUCAUUGAUCAUACUGGUGAUCUUGCUUGGAAAGAAUCUCAGAGGAUUAAGCCUAUUGUUGUGGAUCCAGCACUUUACUUAGCUAGAAGAACACAGCUCUUCACUGCUACUGAGAAACGACCAACACCAGAUGCUUUCAAAGUCUUUACAGGCUCGCCGUGGAUCGUACUGAGCAGAUCUUUCCUUGAAUACAGCAUCUUCGGUUGGGACAAUCUACCAAGAAUCCUCCUCAUGUAUUUCAACAACGUCAUCCUCUCCGAAGAAUGCUACUUUCACACGGUGAUCUGCAACGCCCCCGAGUUCAUUAACACGACGGUCAACGCUGACUUACGCUACAUGAUAUGGGACAGCCCGCCAAAGAUGGAGCCACACUUCCUCAGCACACCGGAUUUCGAUCAGAUGGCUCAGAGCGGAGCGGCUUUCGCCCGGCAGUUCAAGAAGGACGAUCCGGUCCUCGACAUGGUAGACAGAGAGAUUUUGAAACGGGGACGGUACAGAGUCACUCCUGGAGCUUGGUGCGCGAGCCAUAGUAGCUGGUGGACUGAUCCUUGCUCGGAGUGGGAUGAUGUCAACGUGGUUAAAGCUGGUCCUCAGGCUAAGAAGCUGGAUGAGACGAUAACGAAUUUUCUUGAUGAUUUGAAUUCUCAAACUAAUCAAUGCAAGUGAAGGGGAAUGGUGGGUCUGUCUGAAAUCAUUACACACGGGACACGACACAGGAUUACAUUUGUUUUCUGUCUGAAAGGUUAAUUCUUUGGAAAAUAGUGGGGCUGUAUUUAUACGAGGAGAAGAGAAAGGAGAGAUUUUUUCUCUUUUCCCAUGAUUUUGUAAUUCCUUUUGUUAAGGCAUGAUGUGUCGUUGUCCACCUUA